UUCCACUUCUCUGACUGCCUGUUCGGACGAAUCUCGAAGCUUGCUCGACUCUGUACAUCUCAUUAUCAAAUUCGAGACACUUCAUCCUCCCCCUUCCACGGCUUCUCGACUUCACGAUAGACCGAACCGACCUUAUAUCCUCCCACUUCAACAUGGCAGCAGCAGGAAGCGUUGUGCCAGCUCUGGCCGACAGGCCAAUCAAGAACACAAUCGUCCUCUUCGAUGUGGACGGCACGCUCACCCCAGCGCGACUGAGUGUCUCGCCGGAAAUGCUCCAACUCCUCUCCGCCCUCCGUCACAAAGUCGCCAUUGGUUUCGUCGGCGGCUCCGAUCUCGCGAAACAGCAAGAGCAGCUCGGAACGGCUUCCAUCCCAGUCACCACACUUUUCGACUUCUGCUUCUCCGAGAACGGGCUGACGGCGUUUCGCAUGGGUCAGCCAUUGGCGAGCACGAGCUUCAUCAAGUGGAUUGGAGAGGACAACUACAAGAAGCUGGUACGCUUCAUUCUGCACUACAUUGCGGAUUUGGACAUCCCCAUCAAGCGUGGAACGUUCAUUGAGUUCCGGAAUGGAAUGAUCAAUGUCUCGCCCAUUGGUCGUAAUGCUAGCACGGCGGAGCGUCAUGCUUAUCAGGAGUACGAUCUAAAGCACAACAUUCGCAAGGACUUCGUCGCGGCGAUCAGGAAGGAGUUCCCAGACAUGGGAUUGACCUACUCCAUCGGCGGCGAGAUUUCCUUCGAUGUUUUCCCUCAAGGCUGGGAUAAGACUUACUGCCUCCAGCACCUCGACAACGAGAAGAACGUGCCCGGAGGCAUCGAGUACAAGACCAUUCACUUCUUCGGCGACAAGACAGCGGUUGGUGGCAACGACUACGAGAUUUACACGAGCGAGCGUACGAUCGGGCACAGCGUAACAAAACCAGAGGACACGAUGGCCGAGCUCAGGCAGAUGUUUGACUUGUAGACACGACCGGGUCACGGUAAAAGCCUUGGUAAGCUCAAAAUUCGGGAUC